AUAAAUAUCAAAGGUUAAUUUGUCGUGUUAUUUUAAUAGUUUAAAAUAAUAUUAGUAAAUGACAAUGGAUAUCCUUAUUUUCCUUUAUCUGGGCUUUAUUGUGUUCAAGUCAUCAGUACAUUGCCAGCUUCUGACUUACAACAUUGCUCAUAUGACACAACUCAAAAGCUCAUCUGUACUAACUUAUGGGGGGUUAAACUAUAGUACAACUAACGUGAUUGAUGGAAAUCCGGCAACAUCGCCAGACGCAUGUAACUGCUGCUGGUCAUCAAGCGAUGAAACUAACCCCUGGCUGGAAGUCACUUUACCACGUCAUGAGCAUCUUGUCGAUAUUGUUCUUCAAGGCAGGACUGAUCAAACUGAUGAACCAAGAAAGUUAUCCGGGCUUAAUGUACAAGCAGACGGCAUUGCAAUACCUGACAAGUGGAUUUUUGUCAAUUCUACACACAAUUUUGUUUCAAUAGAUCUGCAGAACCAACCAGUGAAAUCCAUUCGAAUAAAUAGGCCUAAAAUGCACGAUAAUUAUGGAGCAUGGUUUUUAAUUGUUUGUGAAGUCCUCAUCAAUAUACAAGGCAUGUAUACCUAGAUUUGCAUACAAAAUAAUAAACAUAAUUUUAUCUUGGCUUAUAAUAACA